UCGCCUAUCAGAUGUCAGUCAAGUAUGGCGUGAAGCCAUGUUAUUUCAGAAAAGGAUUUCAUGUCUCGGAACUGUGCGUGAGGGAGCUCAUCAGCACUGAUGAGUUCAACUAUCUCUGUUUGAUACCUUCCACCCGGUGCAGCUACCACGAUGGAACCAUUCAGAUCCGUCUGUGAGCCGUCGAGCCUGACAAUGAUCUUCGCAUCAUUGGGAGACAUCCACGCGACUCGACACCAGAAGACUGGUCGCCACUCUGACCUGAAAGAAGCCAUAUCCGCGACUCGUCUUGCGCUCCGUAGUAGCGCUUCCGAUGAUCCUCUCUCUCAGACACUCUCAAACAAUUUGGGAAGUCUACUGUUACGCUGCCACCUUGAUUUAGGAGAACAGGACGACCUAGACCUAGCCCUGUAUUAUACCCGACAAGCCCUCGAUUCUAUCUCAGUUGACGACAAAAGAUUCCCGCUAGUGCUGACGACUAUUGGGACUGUCCAUGCAACUCGGUACGAUCGACAGGGCGAUUUUGCAGAUCUGGAAGUGGCUAUCUGCAAGAUACAAGAAUCGCUAGAGCUCAGACCCAUGGAUGAGACGCUUCACAUUAGCCUAUUCAACAAUCUAGGUGCCCUCCUCUGGCGACGCUACCGACUGACAGGCCGACCGCUGGAACUAGAUGAUUCUAUACUCUACCUCUCCAAAGCACUAGAAGGUAUAUCCGAAAAUACUACGGAGAGAGUGGCGUGCUUGAUCAAUUGUGGCUUUGCUUUCGUCCGACGGUAUCGUCUGGUGGAGCAGCUGGGCGACUUGGACAGCGCUUUGCGACAUGCACGGGAGGUGAUGCAACUGGAUCCGGACAAUCACCGGCUAGGCAUUCUACUCAGUGGAUUGGAUACUUUCCUUGAACAUCGGCGCGACCAUACUCUCCCGCAAAGAGCGGCCAAGGGCUCCUGGUUUAGGAUGCCUGCUGUUCCAGGGUCCGCAAUUCUCCUGACAUAUCUUCUCUUGAUGGCACUAUGCUAUUGGAUGGGGAUCAGCCCGAGCAUACUCUUGACCCUAACUACCUUCCUGGGUGGAGCCGUGGUCAAAUGGGUCGUAGAUCAAUAUGUGUUUCGAGGUGGAGGCAAUCCGAACUUCCCCCGGCCCCCCUUUGCAUCAGUUCUGAGAACUGGCAAGGCUACAACUACGGGCAGCAGCAAAGCAGACGACUAUUUCCCAAAGAUCCUACCUGCACCACUAAUUGCAGUGACGUUUUCAUCAUCUCUUCGCGGAUCGAGGAAGCUGGAUGAUCGUCGAGAACAGCCACGUGAACAGUCACUCGAACAGCGUCCAGCGCAAAAGCAUCAGAACCGUUUGACGAAGCACUGGCGAAGCCUGAAUGUGACCAGAAUUGACCAAGGUUGUCGAGAUAGCCGGGGGACCUAUAGCGACCGAAGAUAUCUCUAUCCUGAAUCCCAUUCUACAUCCACGCAUCGGAUAUUGCGCCGCAAUUCGAGGACGGAUAUUACCUUCGCUGGUGAGCAUGUAGAAACCGGCCAGGGAGUCCUCGAAACCGCGCGCCGCGAGCCUUGUCUGUCUACGAUAGAAGCGGGUCUGCUCCCUCAGCGUCUUGUUCCCUCGCAGGAACCCAGCGACUUCAGUACCAGUCCACAGGAGGCAAAUACCGCCUACGAGUCAGAUCAUGAGGAAGACCAGCCACAGCUAUUAUCUCAGGUUCAAGUCCCUGAGCCACCGCAAAGGGACACCAAGGAUCCGGCGCCGGUGGAUAUCCUUGGAAAGCGAGAUGAGUCCUCUUCAAGCCCCAAGGAGAAAACGCAGCCUCUUCAAGAGAGCGAUUAUCCGGAACACAGGAUAUGGCACGACGUUCCGUCUUCCGGGACAGAGAGGGCGAGCUUUCGACGGACCAACAUCCUCUACCAGGGGGACACUACACACAAGAUGGCUACCAACAAAGGUCUGGCUAUGGGAAAUGUGUCUGGCAAACGAACGGAGGUUGUGGGCCAUUCCAGCUACGGCGACACCCGAUGUGUGCACAAGGGUCUAUAUGGUGUGGACAGAACCGAACCUACAGAGCCCAACCACGACACCAGCAGUACCCUUUCGAAGUCUUCUGGGGGAUGUUCAUACACUAGUAUCAACUCCUCUCCAUUCCAAGAGUCGAUGUCGGAGGAUGACAUCAACUCCCCACCACGGGUAUGUAUAUCCGACAUGGAGGGUAUAGACAGCGAUGUCGAUGAGAAGGAAGAUCAACCAGAGAGAAUACUUCGGCCUGUACACCUCGAUGUAUCUCCUAAGACCUUGGUAGAAGAGAACGAGGAAAGUGAAUACGGGAACGACUACAUUCAUGAAGAAAGGAGAGAUAACGAGCAGUGGGAUAAAUACAGUGAACAUGAUCGUUUUGGAAAUAAAGCUCCGGUCAGAGAGCUGGAUCGCUAUUCCCUGAGUGCUGAAGAGGGCGACGCAGAAGAUGAAGCCAAAAAGGCCCUGGUGGACGAUUCGGUGCGGGCAUACAUGGAGUCCCUGGGAUUGGAAAUGUAGGUAUUUCGUAUGGACAUGGACACCAUCUGGACAGUAUAAUAGAAGGAGAUUGCGGGCUCAGUAAAUCCAGGUUGAUACUACUCAGACUUCUAUACAUUCCAGGCCAAUGGUCCAAGAAGUCUUUCCUCGCAG